AUGGCUUGCAAUGCGCCCAAGACCUGGCUCGAACUUGUGCACGCCGCUCAUGUCUUCAUGAAAUCGUUCAAAGCCAAGCCGAACCCUUUGACUGGCUUCGCCGACUUGCUAUCCGCCAGCAUAGACUGCAGAGUCGACUUCUUACCACGCCCUCUUUUCUUGACUCCUGAAGGCUCUGGUGUAACACUCGGAGGUGCAACAAUUGCGGCUGAGGCUGGUUCGGACGGUCGAGCGGCGACGCUUGGAGCGACAGUAUUGCUCUUGGAGGAUGAUCUCGAGAGCUUGCCUGGCACAGACUUUGCCAUCUCGACCGCCGUGGAGGUCUGACAGCGAGAGCACUCCAAACGCAUGCGCUUCACGCCGGGCGGCUGAUUGAGACGAUCCUGGCGAGUCCUCUUGCAAUGUCCUUUGGUGCUCGAAGUAGGUCUCUCACAGUUGUAGCCUGGCAGAAGGAUGACACCGCAACCAGAGCAUGAGAGCGUGUCCUCUGGGUGUUGAGGAGCGGAAUAUUGAGCCGUCACCGUGCCUAGGUAACUCGAAAUUGCUGGCGAAGACACAGCAAGCGAUCGGGCAGCUCUGCGGAGAUGCUCCUGUCGCAUGGUAGCGACUUUUGAGGCUGCCAU